UGGCGCUUUAUUGUUUUCAAUUUUAACCACAAAAAAUACUUCUUACAAAUAAUUCCAAUUUAAUUCAACUUUUACCCAUUUCCAAGCAAAAAUAGCCCCCCAUUGCACAAUCACGUUAAAAAAUUAAUUUCGAUCAAUUUUAAUUAAAAAGGAUGUGAUAAUGCCGUUUAAAAAGGACGUUUCACCCCGAGUUUUUAAUUACAUCCAAAACUUAAACAUCAAAGCUUUAUCAAGAUGUUCCGAGGCGGAAUUACGCCCAAUUUUGCCUUGUUUAGUCCGGAUGAGUUUGAUUUGCCCUUUAGAUAUAUCAAAGAAAUGUUCCGACGAAAAAAUGGAUAUUUUAACGAUCGUCUCUGGAAUUGACGUGGUGAAUUCGCUCGUUGCGCUACUUUCGUUGGAUUUUCACACAUUAGAGGCGGAUGUACGUAAAGAACAACAAUUGAGGCAAAAAAUUGGGUCGAAUUUAGCGGAUUCGGUGUUAAUUGGGAGUCUCCCAAACGGGCUUGCCUUGGAGUAUGAAAGAUCUGAUAUGACAAGAAGAUUACGAUUCGCUUUAAGCGAAGUUUUGUUUGUGCAAUCGCAAAUAUUGGAGAGUCACAGUGAAGGGGGUCACGUUAACGAGGAAUUUUAUGUGAAAUCAUCGGAGCUUUUCGAUACGGAGAUUUACGUGGAGGAAGUCGCUGAUAUUAUUUGCUUGGCGUUGGCGGAGCUCCCUACUUUAUUAAAUUUGGUUCAAAUGACCGAAACAAUGUUGCAUGUUAAUAAUGGACCAUCGAUUAUUUGUAGGAUUGUGGCGAAUUUUCCUGAUUCUUUUCGAGAGGUUACAACGAAUUUAAUUCAAAAAGCCGAUAAACAAGAAGAUUGCCAAGCUUGCACCAUACGAACGACAGCUUUACAAAUGUUAUGUAAAAUGAAUCCGAGUCAAGCUUUAGCCGUUAGGAGUAAAUGCGUCGAGUUUAACCGAUUACCUGCGUUGGCCAUCUCUUUGUCCUUGGAUAGUAAUAGUAAUGAUGGUGAUAGUGACAUGGUUGCGUUUAUUUCGGGGGUUUUGCUUGGAAAUGAUCAAGGAAUUCGGAAUUGGUUGGCGAUGUUUAUACGAACCGGGCAAAAACGCAAAGGGGAGUUAUCCAGCACUGCUUUACAACAAUUAAGGGAUGAAUUAUUGAAGCGAUUACAAAGCAUUAUUAAUUCAUCGCAUAAUGGGCAACUUCCCAAUUCAUUGGUGGUCCAAGCUUCCGCUUUAUUGAGGCUUUAUUGCGCUUUGAGAGGAAUUGCGGGAAUUAAAUUUCAAGAUGAAGAGGUGAAUUUAAUCGUCCAAUUAUUAAUAUCUCACCCAAAUCCGACUCCGGCGGGGGUGCGAUUUGUCUCAAUCGGGCUUUGUAUGUUAAUUGCGUGCCCCUCGUUGAUUUCUUUGCCGGAGUUAGAACGAAAAAGCAUCGAAUGGGUGCAAUGGUUAGUGAAAGAGGAGGCUUAUUUCGAAUCUGCAAGUGGGGUAUCGGCCUCUUUUGGGGAAAUGCUCCUUUUGAUGGCGAUCCACUUCCACAGUAACCAACUCAGCGCGAUUUGCGACCUGGUUUGCUCAACUUUGGGGAUGAAAAUCCCGAUUCGGCACAAUAACAUGAAUAAAAUGAAGCAAGUUUUUACCCAGGAGAUUUUUACGGAGCAAGUUGUGACGGCCCACGCGGUUAAAGUGCCGGUUACUUUUAAUUUGAACGCGAAUAUGUCUGGGUUUUUGCCGAUACAUUGCAUUCACCAAUUAUUAAAGAGUCGGGCUUUCGCUAAGCACAACGUAAACAUAAAAGGGUGGAUUUACAAGCAAAUUUGUGUAUCAACGAACCCUUUGCACCCGGUUUUACCCAUGUUGGUGGAAGUUUAUGUCUCAAGUGUCUUAACAUCAUCAUCGGGAAGCACAAAUAAGCCGUUAACGGAGAAUGAAAUAAGAAAAGUAUUUGAAUCGAGCGUUUUUGGGGAAUAUUUCCGCAGCAGGGAAAAAAAAAUCUUUAUGGAUUAUGAUAACCUCGAAAAUAAUCACGAUUUAGUUGUCACCGAAAUCAGCUUAACCCCACAAUUAUUAUUACUUUAUUAUUUAUUGUUGUACGAAGAUUACCGGUUAAAUAACGCCCAAAAUUUGGCAGUUUCUGGGAGGAAAAUUAAAACUUAUUCCCCAGAAUUUUUAAGCGAACUACCGAUUAAAUUCUUAUUGUAUCACGCCCAAAAGGAUCAGUGGUCGUACUCAACGCUAUUUGGGCCGUUAUUAAAGUUAUUAACGACUCAUUUUCCGCAUUUAACUUUGGUCGAAGAUUGGUUGGACGACAUUUCAAAAAAAAGUUUUAUUAAAAAACAACCCCAUCUCUCCGAGUUCGCUUUAAUUGAGGCAUUCAAUUUAAUCCAAACCAACCCGAAUCGACUCUCAACCAUCUUACAAACCCUCCUAAAAAUGGAAUCAAUCGACAUUUGGUUUUUCGCCGAAGUCUUCACCCAACACGCCACGUCGAUGUUACCAGAAAAUAUUCCCCGAUUCCUACAAGAUUUAUACAAAGACGUUUGGUUCAAAUUAAACUCGGUCCUUCCACGCCGAUUAUGGGUGUUAACCGUAAAAAAUUUAGUGGGGAAUUUCACCGGAUUAACGCGAAUUGACGUCGCGGAGGAUCCACUACAAAUUAUGAGGUGCGAUGAACGCGUUUUUCGUUCCGCGCCGAUUUAUUCGAUCGUUUUGAGGGUUUUAAGGGCUUCUUUGGCUUCGUCUCGGAGCCAAUUGUGUCAACAUUUACAAGCUAACCCAAAAAUUGAUAUCGCGGGACAAGUUAUUAAUGAUUCGGAACGUGAGGAAAUGUGUAGGGCUUUAAUUGCAGCGCAGGAUAGCGCUUCGGUACAAAUGUUGCUCGAAACAUGUUUAGAAACGGAAAAGGAUCGUUUAAAACCCGAAAAACAACUCGCUUUGCGUGAAGUGAGAUCGUUAGUUUGUAGUUAUUUACACCAAGUUUUUAUCGCGGACCCGACUUUGGCGAAAUUGGUUCAUUUCCAGGGUUAUCCGAGUCAAUUAUUAGAGGUGACGGUGAAAGGGGUCCCCUCGAUGCAUAUUUGCUUAGAUUUCCUCCUUGAAUUGAUGCAACAACCGAGCCUAAACAAACAAAUUUUUGCGAUUCAACUCCUUUCGUACUUAUCCCUUCAAUAUUCGCUCCCAAAAAGCAUGAAUUUAUGCGUUACGGCUUUAAAUUUACUCUAUGCAUUACUCGGAAGUAUCUCAAGUAAUCAAAGGAUUAAACUCUUCACCCCGAUUCUUCCUGCUUUAGUGCGCAUAAGCGAAGCCUUCCCACCGUUAGUUGAGGACGUAACUCAACUUUUGCUUCAAUUGGGGCGAGUUUCAAAGUCGCAGGCUUCGCUUUGUUCGCAAUUUGAUAAUCAUAUGGGGAAAAGUGACGAAAUCGUCACUGAGGAGAGCCAAAAAUUGUGCGAAUUAACCCAAAAGACUUUCGCGAUGAUUUUGGAGAGGGCCGUGUUAAAAACGAACGUUUACAGUUGAUUAGUUAGGUUUGUAUUUUUGAAGAAAAGUAGAUGAAGAAAGAAAAAUGAAUAAAUUAGACCUAAAAAAG